AUGGAUGCAAUUCAGGCCUCUGAUCCGGGCCUGGAUUGGCGGGUGCGGGAGGACAUCGACGCCCUGAGCCGGCGCCUGGAUGCCCUGGAGGUGCUGUGCGCGCCGGGCCGUGGCCUUCAGGGCCAGAUCCACACCUUGACGAAUGAGGUGAGACGCCUGGAAGACGUUGGCAUGGAGCAGACCCGCGACACGGCAGGCCUGCGGGCGCGGGUGGCCGUGGAAGAGCUGGCCGCUGCGCAGCGGGCGGAGGUGGAGAAGCUUGAAGCUCAGAUGGCGGAUUUGCAGCAAGGAGUUGAGGAACGGCUGCGGGUUUUGGCCGCGGAGCUGCGGAGCGAGGCUGCCAUGCGCUGUGCCGAAGUGAGGGCAGAGAUGCUGAAGCUGCCGGAGGUGCAGGUCAGCCGACUCGACGUGCAGGAGUCGCCUCAGCCGGGCUCCACAGGAUACGACAAGGCGACUGAGCUGGACAGUUCCCUGGGGAGCCUGGGCUCCUUCGGGAGCUUGAAAGAGUCCACCGAGCAGUUGAGGAGGUGCCUGAAAGACUUGGCGCAGGUACCGGAAGGUGCGAGGGCCGACAUGAGGCCGCAAGGAAGUACGUAA